CUUUGAUUUUUGUACUUUUAACCUUCAAAUAUUUUACAGUUGCAGAGGACUCUGUGUUGAUUUAUGCUAAAUGAUACUAACAGAGUUGUCUCAGUGUAAGGGGCUUCCAUACAGAAAACAAAGACUGCCAUUCCUGACUUACUCGGCAUCUUACUGACUUUCAGUAACUUUGGCAUUAAUGGGACAAAAUGCUCAACCCUAACAAUUUAAAGGAGGAAAGAUUCAUUCUGACUCAGGUAAGAGGCUCCAAGGCAGAAACCACUUGGCAGGGAGACAAGGUGGAGGAAAGCUCCUUAACACACAGGCAGGGAGCAGUGAGAGGGCUGAAGAACCAGGGGUGAGAAUUUACCCUUGCAGGUCAGAACCCAGUGGCCUUCCUCAGAGCAGACCUCCCACCUAAGAGCACAGUGAGCUACUGAACUUGCAGAUGGAUGAGGGCAUGCUGAAGAUAGGGUUCCCAUGGUCCAAACACCUUCCACACACAGGAUAAUGAAAGGGGACACUAGAUUAGAACCAUCACAUCCAGCUUAGUCAUUGAACCAGAGACAGAGCAGGGAAAGGGGACGGUGUAUUUUUCCACCUUGAGGUUACCAGGCUUGUUUGAGUCCAGGUAACAACUUUUGUUUGCUAUUAGUGCAUUUUUCACUUCAGCCUUCAGAGCAGGCAAUUUGUAAAGAGAAAUGAUUUUUAGACUGUGCUGGUCUCUUGGCUGUCAUGCUUUGGGAGUGAAAGUGAGACUAUGCUGAGUGUUUCCGAGAUUGGAAGAAGUGAAGACAGAAAGAAGCAUCUAAAAUAUUUCAAAACUGGAAGUCAACUUUUAAUUGUAUCAACCACGAACCAUCAUUUGAUACACAGAUAGCCAAGCUUUCACCAGUUUUUAAAGAAUGAAACUCACCCACUGCUAUUGUGUGUUUUUGCUCCCCAGCUCUUCCAGCAAACACAGUCCUGUUAAUUUGUGGCCUAAAUCAGAUGACACUGACUUUCUUCUGGAUAACAAGAAACAAGCAGAAAUGUCAAAAGUUACAGCGCGGAAAAAGGAUACGGUGUUUGCACCAGGAGUACGGAUAGCUUGGGAUUCUGAGAAGCCUGUCGAUCCUUUUUCUGGGAAAGCAGAUGAUGGAGGAAAACAGGCAGGAAAUAGAAAAACAAAAGAAUCACCUGACACACAUCUUCCCUUGAAGCCUGCUGUGGAAACAAAAGAUUCUGAUGGGAAGAAAGCAGUAAGAGUGAAGGAUGCACUGCCACCUCAACCAGAUUGGUGUUUGGCCUCAUGUUAUAAGACUGCUGAGAAAUCAGAGAAUUUGAAAUCUGAUGAUAAACAACCACUUGCAACAUUACCAGAAUCUGACUGUGUCCAGAAGAACUUGUCCAGUGGGGACCCGGGACCAUCGAGGCCUGUGGGCCUUCUGAAAAACUGCAAGGUUGCAUUGCAAAGCAUCUUUGGUGAGCCAAUGCCCAAGAUUCACAAGGCUGCCCGUAAGGGCAACAAGGACCGGGUGCAGUUUCUCAUCACAGCAGGCCAUGUCCAUGACAGAGACAGGGAGCACAGGACUGCUCUGCAUUAUGCCAGUGCCUAUGGCCAUCCAGAAGUGGUGAGACUCCUGAUACAGAAAAAGUUUGACCUUAAUGCCUUGGACAGUGACCAUGACACCGCUCUGAUUAAGGCUGUAAAAUGCUACGAGGAAGGCUGUGCUAGUAUUCUCUUGGAGCAUGGUGCAAAUCUAAAUAUUGCCAAUGCCAAGGGUGACACUGCUCUGCAUCUUUCGGUUUUUCAUCCAAAGUCUUCACUAACAGCAAAACUGCUUUCACAUGGUGCCGAUGCUGAGGCAAAAAACAAGGUAUAGAGCACUGAAUUUUCUUUCCAAAGUUUCUGAAAUACUUUCCUGUUCACAGUGACAUAUUGGUUGGUCAGUUUUCCACAUGUAGAAACUCAAGUGUUUCAUGAAUACACUGUUUGAAAUAACUUAAUAGUUAAUGUUUUCACUUUCAAUGUUGAUAGUUUUAAUGAAAUGCUAGAGGAUGUGAGUUUCUUUUAUGCACUUACAGUAUUUGUGAACACACUGAAUUUUAAAAUGUAAAAUUUUUGUUUCAAAAGGUUUCUUUCUUUCUUUUUUGCAGUAGUGUAAAACAGCACAAGAUAGCAAAAUUAACCUCAGAAUUUGGUUUUAUUUUAAAACUUAAACAGAGCAAUAGUGUUUUUUUUAUUUAAAAGAAACAACAGGAAAAUGGUAGA